ACUCGCAUUCAAGUACUAAUUCUUAUUCUCAACAGAGGUUAAGUGGCUUUUAAAACCAUAUUUGCACUACUUGUGUCUCGUUUUAAUUGAGGAAGAGAAGAACGCAACAGAAAGCAAAUAUGGACGGACGAAAACUAAUUCAGCUGGAGGACUAUGACAUUUCUCCAUCCAUGGGAUUCCUGUUAGAAAGACCAUUGUUACGAUUACCAGAGUAUUUCAGCCCGUGGGAAAAAGUGUGCGAUGACAUCCCUCAGAUGAUUAAAGACGGCAUGAAUGCUCGUGACAUCAUGGAGAAGCUACCGCUGUUAGACCACAGUCUUCUUUCCAGUAAAGAAGAAUGGUACAGGGCUAACUUGCUUCUUAUAACCAUGGCGCAUACUUUUGUCUGGUGUCAAGGAGAGAAUGAAGCAGCUAAGGUAUUGCCCAAGAACAUUGCCGUUCCUAUGUUUAGCGUUGCAAGGCAUUUAGAUAUGCAUCCUGUUUUGACGCAUUUCUCACAGACUAAUUGCAACUGGAGGAAAAUUGGUCCAAACGAAAGCGACAUAGAGUUGAUCAAUACUAUUACUGGCACCAAAACUGAACAAGGUUUCUUCAAAACGGGUUUUUUGGUGGAACUAGCAUUUGGCAAAGGAGGACCAAAGGCUUUGAUCAAAGCUCAACAGGCUGCGUUUGACGAUGAUGUGCUCCAACUAAUUGAUGCAAUGAAAGUCAUACAUCACGUGAUUGAAAACAUGAAGUCAGCAUUCUUGAAAGUUCAUGAAAUGUGUGAUCCAAAGGAAUACUAUUUCGUGCUAAGACCUUUCCUAAGUGGGUGGGGCCACAAAGGAUCGUCACUUCCAGAUGGGCUGAUAUAUGAAGGUGUUGACACCAAACCUAAAAAGUAUUCAGGUGGGAGCGCGGCGCAAUGCUCUGCCUUUCCCGCCAUUGAGGCCAUUUUGGGCGUAACACAUGCAACCGAGAAUGGCGAGGAGCAUCAUCUUCAAAAAAUGAGACGCUAUAUGCCUCCAAAGCACAGGGACUUCAUCACUGUACUCGAAAACGGACCAUCAGUCAGAGAAUACGUUUUGAAGAAAGAAAACCAGGACUUGACAGAGAUCUUCAAUCAAUCCGUCGAGGCGUUGCAAGAAUUCAGGAACGCCCACAUGAGGGUGGUUGCAAGGUACAUCAUCUCUCAGGCGAAUAGAUCUAAAGAAGCCAUGGGCAAAAAUGCAUUUGGCUCUUAUGGAACAGCUGGAGCAGAUUUGUUCUCAUUUUUUAAGAAAAUCCGCAACGAAACCGCAGAAACAAAGCUGAACUAAAACCGCUCGAAGCAUGCACAAACAUGCAAAAAAUGUUGUAUCGCAUAUAUAUUUAUCAGUAGCGUCAAUCAGUUUUAUCGUGGCGAUGCACACCUACAUUAUUCGCACACUUAAGUCCCUUAUGUGGGCCGAUGAACAGUAACAGUAACUUCAAUUUUUAAAGAAAUGCCAACUUGACUAUGAUAAUCCCGGGAUUAUAAUAAUAAGCAUUCAUAAUGACAUUCACACUGAUUCACAUUCAAAUAUUCAGUAUAAUACUAUCAGAGCAAUAAAACACUUCUAUUUCAA